AUGAUUAGGUGUUUGUUAAAUAUCGAAAUUACGGAGCAAAACACCGUUGAAAAAAAUGUGGUGGUGUUAAAGCCAAACCGUGAAUUCUUGAUGUGGUCACCAUCCUCUUCAACAAUUGAAAGAAAUGUUCGAUAUACCACCUCAAGAAACUUGAUAGAUCAGAAUUCAUUUCAUAUUUUCAAGCAACAUUAUUUGGAAGCAUUGAAUGGUAAAGGCAAUCGAGAUGAUAUUUCAAAAUUAAAUCGCGUUCAUAACGAAAUCGUCGAAGCUUGGAAAAAUGCAGAUAAGGAGGUCAUUGAAGAGUAUAGGAAUCUUUCUCAAUGCAAUUAUGUUAUCAAUUUUGCACAAGAUUUAAUUUUGAGAUCCGCUCAAAAUAAAAUAAACAUGGGUUCUUAA